UUUGAAAGAGUGAUUGUGACCCAGAGAGACAACGUUUAUCAUCUUCUCAAUCAUCAAAUCUUGUUUGACCUCUCUGUUUUCAAAUUCAUCGUCUGCUCUGUUUUCGUUUUAAAAAAGUCAGAGGAUCCAAUUUGUGUAUCCUUCUCUCAAAGUUUCUUUUUCGCAGAUGGGAUCUGCAACCAAUCUUUACUUCCAUUAAAAAAAGCUUGCAGGUCGUGGAGAGAGAUGGAGUCUAAGGAGAUUAGAUCCUCUGUUUUUGCCAAAACGACGCGUUUCAAUGGGAUAUCUCAACAACCUCUGCGUCAAGAAAAGUCGAGGGCUUUUGAUUCUGGUUUCAAAGUGGUUCCGACGAAGGAGCUUUGUCGUGUUUAUCUAAACAAAAAAGAGUUGUUAGCCUCCAAGGGUAUCAUUGAUGCACGGGCUAAGCCUCCUCAUUAUCAGAAACAUGGUGAGAAGCCAAAACAGAGGACAUUUGGUAGGAGAUUUGAUCAACAAAACUUGAACUUGAAGCCCAAGAAGGAUAAGAAAGAGAGUUGUCCAAGACGUUUCUCUCCUCUUGGUUUUGGUAGUGACUCUCAGUUGCGAGAUAGCAGUAGGAAGAAAGGGCAAUGCAUUAUCACCCCUGAGAAGAAGAAACCAAAGGAAAUGAGUAAUGGCACUACUACUACAUUGGUUGAGAAGAAAGAUGGAGCAGUGAGAGAAGCUGGUUCAAAGUUGAUUGUUAGUACCUCUAGGGACUCAGUGUUGAGUUUGGAACGAAACAGAUUCGCACAAGAUGUCAAGUUCAGACAUGUAUCUUCUUCUUCUUCAGGUUCCAUUAUCAAGGAUGAAAAUGAGGAUUCAUCAGACUGUUCCUCCACUGCAUCUCCUGGAUGUCAGACGGAAGAAGCUCAUCAACCAAGCCCUGUUUCUGUUCUUGAGCCUAUCUUCAACGACGAUGUGUUAGAGGAAGACAGUGAAGAGCUUCCUUAUCUAGAUCUUCAUGGUAUAGAGAAACAGCUUGAUGACCUGAAAACUGAGUCUGAUAGUUAUUCAGAUGGGAGUGGGAUGGAAGUAUCAAGCGAUGAUGACUCUGUGAUGGCUUCUGAAACCGAAGAAAGCAAGGAGAGUGAACCAGUCUGGCUCUUGGAUAGCCAGGAGAUCAAGGAGUCUUCUUACAUUGAUGAUAUCUUGUCUGAAGUUUCACUUAUGGACAAGAAUUGGGUUCCUGACACUCUUACCUUCAAGGUCUUCGAGAAGAUGGAGAAAAAGUAUUACACUGAGACAUCUUGGAAGAGGUCUGAAAGAAGGGUUUUGUUUGACAGAGUCUGUUCAGGUCUGGUAGAGAUACUAGAAUCCUUUACAGCUACACCAACGUUGAAGAAACCUGUCUCUAGGAGGCUUGGCGCAGGUCUAAGCACAUGUGGACUGAAACAAGAACUCUGUAAAGUACUUGCCAGGCAAGAGAACCGAGCCAAGAAAGUAUCAUCCAACAAAGUGCCAGUUAUAGACCUUGAUGAGUGGUUCAAACUUGAAGAUGAUGAUGAUGAGGCAUUGGUUUGUGAGUUAGAAGGUAUGAUAGUGGAUGAUUUGUUGCUUGAAGUUGUCAGCUUCAUCAUGUAGAGUUACAAAGUGAUUCUUUUCAUUCUUUUUUUUUUGUUCUCUCUGUAUUUUGAUUGAGAAUAGUUAGAGAGUAGUUGUUGUUGCAUUUGGCUUGCAUCAUCAAAGGGAGAUGUAUAGCCUUUUAAGGAAGUUUUCAGGUCAAGAGGAUUGGCCUCUUAGCAAGUCAGUCACAUUGCUAUAAAAGUUAAUGUGCCUUUGUACCCAUUUGUCAAAGUGUGAAUGAAACAAGAUUUUGAUUGAAA